AUGCAACCUCCUACUGGUGCCGCUGCACCAGCAAUGGAAAUGCCAGCACUGGAUCCCGACACGCUGGUAGACGUUCUGAACAAGGGGCUUGUGAGGUACUACAUGCUUGACUGCGGAGGCAAGUCGCAAGAUAUGUGCAUUCUGCGGCAUCCCAACGGUUUGCUUGUGUUGAGCCUUGCUCCAUCUCACAGCUUGCUGCAGCCGUCAGCACCUCGGGUGCUCGAGGUCCAGUUUCCUGACAGCAUUAGCGAACACGAGGCCUUUGGCAAGCGCGGACGGGGUGGGGCGAACCUACUUCCGAAGACCGUCCUUGCUGACAUCUCGUUGUCGGAUGGUUCACGGAUUCACGUCCAAGCAGGUAUUGAAGGGCGAUUGAUUGAGCUGAACAGCGCUCUGCGGGAGCAGCCUCAGCUCCUGCAGUCGUGCCCAGAAGAUGAGGGUUUCGUGGCCAUUCUGCAGCCCAAAAGGCCACAGGACGUACCACGCAUCUUGGCAAAGCUGCUUGACCCCUCAAACUACGCCCGCAUGCGUCCAGGGCAUGUGCAGACAUACCGUCAUCAUAUCUGCGGAACUUCCGGUCCUGCUUGGGCCGGUGAUACGAAAGCUUCGGCGAUGCCAACUGCAUCGUUGGAUGCAUCCUGA